AGAAAUCAGAAACAAUAAUAAAAGAAAAUAAAUAAAAAAACCCUCGCUGAAGAUCGGAACGGAGAGUUUUGGGGACAAAGAAAAUAUGGUAGUGAGGAGGAAGAAGAUGGAGCAACGCUUCACCUUCUUCUUCUCCUGUUGAUUUCAUGGCUUCUUCUCAGUCUCAGCAUCGCUGUGUCUUCGUUGGAAAUAUACCGUACGAUGCAACAGAGGAACAGCUUAUUGAAAUCUGCCAGGAGGUUGGCCCUGUAGUCUCGUUCAGAUUAGUUAUUGAUAGAGAAACUGGGAAACCAAAAGGUUAUGGGUUUUGUGAGUAUAAGGAUGAAGAAACAGCUUUAAGUGCUCGUCGCAAUCUUCAGGGCUAUGACAUUAAUGGGCGCCAAUUACGUGUUGAUUUUGCUGAAAAUGAUAAAGGGACUGAUAGAAAUAAAGAUCAGGGACGUGGGGGACCUGGAAUGACACCAAAUGUUGACGCUCAGAAACAAGUAGUCAUCCCAGCUGUUCAAGGGGAAUCUUCUCAACAUCAACCUAUCGGUCUUCAUAUUGCCAUAUCAGCUGCAGCUGUCAUGACUGCAGCUCUAGGUGGUUCUCAGUCUGCCAUCCAGUCAAAUCAAAAUGGUUUGCAGAAUCAGUCAGCAUUGGCAAAUGAUCCUUUAACUUUGCAUAUGGCCAAAAUGUCCAGGAGCCAGCUGACUGAGAUUAUCUCUGAGCUCAAGGGAAUGGCUACACACAACAAGGAUUUGGCUCGCCAGUUGUUGCUUUCAAGGCCACAGUUGCCUAAGGCUCUUUUUCAGGCUCAGAUAAUGCUAGGGAUGGUCACCCCUCAAGUGUUGCAAAUGCCAAAUCUUAAACUAGUUUCAGAUCAAACCUCACACUCUUCAAUGAAUGAAGGCCACCUCGGUCAGCCAUCAAUGGUUCAAACUGUGGUUAGCCUACCUCCCUAUGGACAGAGCAAAUUGCAGCCUGGCUUGACACCUUAUAUUCAAGAAGGCCAAGUCAGCACUAUACCUCAUAACCCUUUGGCUCCUAAUCAAUUAACCUCAAAUCCAAGGCCUCCAAUGCAGCCUCGAAUUCCCCUUCAACAUCAUCCAAGCAACCAUUUUGUACAGCUCGGAACAGGGCAGUCUAAUUUAAUGCUUCCUUCUGUACGUCCCCCAGCUUUGGGAAGUUUGUCUGUUAGGCCUCCAAUUCAAUCAGCAAGUUCGACUGCUUUGAACCCGCAAAUGCAUGCCUCGUUCCUACAGCAUCCAGUACGUGUUGGAAGCUCAACUAUCUCACAUAAUAUUCAAAUGGUUCGUCCUGAUGCAAGCUUUCAGGUUGGCCCCUCCACGUCAUCUGGUAUUUCUCAGUUAUUUAGUAAGGAAGGUGAUAGAUCUUCCAAAGUUCUUGAGGAUUGGGCCACGAGUAGUAGUAAAUAUUCAAACAUGUCUUUGGGGGUAGAGAAUACAAGCAUGGUUCGUGAUAUUCCAGAAUCCCUUACUCGCCCAUCAAAGCUCACUAGAUUGAAUGAUGGAAGGGGCGCCUCUCUUUCUGCUGGGACUUCAAACAUGCCUGUCUCCAACGGAUCAUCCUAUGUUCCUAGAAGUACCUCUUUAUCUGUACCUGCAGUUCCUAAAGCAGAAGUACGGCACACUGAUCAACAAUCUUCACAGUCGCAGCAGCUUCCAUCUGAUGUGGAGUCUGUUUUACUGCAACAAGUGUUGAAUCUAACACCAGAGCAAUUGAGUUCCUUGCCACCAGAGCAGCAACAACAGGUCAUGCAGCUGCAACAAGCUCUUAAGCGAGAUCAGAUGCAGCUCUCAUAACACACGCACAAUUCAAAUAUGCAGCAGCUAUUUAUUUAUGGCAAAGGUGGUCGGUCAAUUUUGCCAACUCAAUAUCCUGAAGAUACUUUGACAGAAACCAAGUCUGCCGCUUGUAUAUUAGCAUUUGAUGUAGAAUAGGUUCAGAAUAUCGAAAUUCUUUUUAUCAGUCAGUAUUUUACUUAUUUAUUUUUGUAAUUUGUUUUCUAAUUAGUGUCCAAACAUUUGUUGCGGUGAUGAGCUCCAAAUGAGCGUGUACGAAAAGAUUAGAAGAGAUAUCAUGUACAAUAAUAAUUAUGCUGACUAAAGUUUUGCCGUUUACAUAUCC